AAUUAGCCGUCACGUCAUCAAUCAACAGGUGGCUGCAGGGAGCGCCUCACGUUCUUCUCAGCGGCGUUUUGUUUAUUUCCUUUAUGUCCACAUUUAAGAGUUAAUAACUAUCAUGGAGCGCAUAAGUUUGUGUUUUUCUUGUUCUUUGUACUUUCUUGGCAUAAUGUACAUCGCCAAAGCUUACACUCAUGGGAACGGGGGUCACCUAGAAUAUAGCAAUGUCGUAUCCACGGAGCAGAAAGUCCGUGCCAUGCAACCCAUGCCAGGCGGCGUCAGGCCGUGGACAGAAGACAGUGAGUUUAUAAAGAAUCCUCCGGUUAUGCGACCAUAUCACGUUUUCCCGAUGUUCCAACAUGUUCCAGUUCCUCUCGUUGAAAUGGAGCUGUUUAGACCUGUCUCCGGGAGACGACACUUACCAAACCUUUUAACUAGCCUUCUAAUUCCUCAAGUGAACCCCCAGUUCACCCAAGUGUCUCCCGUGCGUAAUGCUCGUGGCGUAGAGGUUUGGUGUGGUUACAGUAAGAUCUCGGUGCGCAUGAAUAAGAAUGGACUGGGCUUCAGAGGUUCACCGUCUUCAUUUCAUCUGGGAAAAUGUCCUGUCUCUCGCUCCGACAAGAACUUCUUAUAUUUCCAUUACGACCUCAAUGACUGCGAUAGCUCUUUAACGAUGAUGAACGGCCAGAUCAUGUAUUCUAACACGGUGCGCUACACACCAGAGCCUCAAGGGACAGUCAUCCGGGCGGUGCCCCUUACGUUAAACAUCCAGUGCCUAUACAAUAGAUUUCAUUAUUCUUACAAAAUAGGCUUCCUGCCUGUGGUGAGGGAGCGCAUGUUUCACAAGAUUUUUGAGCGCAGUGCCAAGUUUAGUAUUUCUGUGUGUAAUGAACACUGGGAAAGACUUGAGGAAAAUGGGAGUUUUGUGCUUGGGGAGCCCAUGUAUUUUGAAGUCAGUGCUGCUCAUACUUCUAAGGACGAAAGGAUUUUUGUUGACUCCUGCUAUGCAACAGCAUCCAAAGACCCAAAGUCCACUCCACAACACAGUGUUAUUAGUAAUUAUGGGUGUAUGGAGGACAGCAGAAGACAAGGAAGUCUCUCUCGCUUUCUCCAAAGACAGUCAAAGAUUAUAAGGUUUUCAGUUGAUGCCUUUUUACUCCCCCAAGUUACUGGCACGCACUUUUACCUGCAUUGCACAAUAUCGGUUCACAAUGCCACAAGUGCCACAGCAAAGUCCUGUACUUAUAACAAUGCAGAGAGAAGGUGGGACGAACUCUACAAUGAUGCAUCCGUUUGUGCUUGUUGUGAUUCGACAUGUGAAAUUGAAGUAACUUCUUAUUUGCCUCGUAUGACACAAUCUAUGAUAACAAGUCUACCCUGGAUUUUGGACAAGAACAAACAAUCGUUAAUAAAGACUAAGGAAGGAUUGGCCGGUGUUCAGGAGGACACAGAGGAGGUGAAGGUCAAGAGCGCAGAAGGAAUCGGUGAAGAGGAAGAUGAUGAUGGUUACACUGUGGAGAUUGUGACUGAUACUGAAAAACAAAUGGAAGCAAAAGAAGAAAAUGAACAGAUGCCCAUCAAAGACUUAGAUGAGGAUGUAGAAGUAAUUGUUGGGACAGAGGAAACAACUGCUACAGAGUUAAAGGAACAGGAGGAUGAUCGUUCUGGAAAAGUAAUGUCUGUUAGGGAACAGAUGGAUAUGGUUGUACAGUUCAAGGAGGAUGCUGGGAGACUCAAGAACACAAGUAGAACUGAACAGCCUAAAGUUCGGUUAAUAGAAGAGCUUUUGGAAGAUGUUAAAGAUGACAAAGUGUCCAGAAAGAGUGAACAAAAUGAACUGAUUUACAAGACCAGAGAAGAACUGUCCAAAGAUGAAAUACAGCCUGAAGGUUUGGAGAAGAACAUGCAUGUACGAAGCACAGUACCCUCACACAUGGUGAUAGAUGAAGAGAUAUUUUUAAAUGCCAAACAAGAACCAAUUGAGUGGAAUAAAGAUGAACAAUAACUAACCCAGAGAGCGAGAAAUGGGGGACUGAUGUUUGAGAUCGUUCCAGGGUCUCAAAGGAUCCUUGAUGGACUUUUUUUUGGAGUUGCAUCUCUCAGCAUACUUAAAGUCAGUGUUUGAUCAUGGAUUCAACUGAAUUCAGGAAUGUGCAAUGCAUAAUAUAAUGACAUCCAGGUGUUAUUCAUGCAAAUGGAAUCCGUCAGUAAUGACAUCCACUGUAUUGUCAUCAGAAUAUUAAAACAAUUUGGAUUGAU